AUCAUCAUAGAUUUUUCUAGAGAGAAAAAACGAGUUUCUUGAUUCUUCUUCGCUGCUGUGUAGAUUUUUCUUCUCUUUUCAACAAGAUUAAAAGAGAGUUUUUCUGCAAUAGCGGUGAAGUUUGAUCCAAUCCUAAGUUUGAAUUGAAGAAAAAGAAGAAGGCUGAAAUGGCUCGCUCUUUCUCGAACGCUAAGCUUUUCUCUACUUUCGUUGUCGAUGGGAUCUUUAACGCUACCUCCAGACGAGGAUAUGCGGCGGCGUCACAAGGGAUUGUUUCGAACGGAAUAAGAGGAGGAGUGGGGAGGAGCGCGGCGGCGGCGGCGGCGGUGAAGGAAGAGAUGCCAGGCGGAGCUAAAGAGAAGGUUUCAUGGGUACCCGACCCGGUUACCGGAUGCUACAGACCCGAAAACUCUGCCAAAGAGAUCGACGUGGCCGAGCUCAGAGCCAUGCUCUUGAAGAAGAAUUGAAUAAAAGAAGA